GGAUACAAUUAAUCGGGGACAUACAGUGGCUCUCGCCGUCGAGAGUGUAUUACCGAUCUGUCCCCGUGUUCAUCUACUCCAUCUGCAAGGUACUCCCGUUAUAUCGAGAGGACAGUAUCGACGCGUUCCUCGCGGGGUAAUCGGAGGGCAAUCCCCUACCACUCCAGAGACUUCGAGGCCGUGUGUGGGUAUACUCGCGAAUGGCCGACCCCGCCGCCGUCGCCGUCGUCGUGUCGUCGACGUUUCUGUCAGCCGUCGCGCCGCUCGCCACGGGGGAAGUCAUGUAAAUGUCCGUCCGCCGUCGGGUCGCGGGGAAACGCGUGCGGUGAAUCGAGGCGAAGCGAGGCACGAGGUCCGGGCGCGGCGACACGCGCCGGAGGGACGUGAGAAAGAGAGAGAGAGAGAGAGAGAGAGAGGAAGCGAGGUGGCCGCGGGACCAACCGACGGUCGUGUGUCGUGGUGUCGAAGGUGGGAGUCGGGAGCCACACACGGUUAUUGGAGCUGGAGUUGGGGCCGUGUCGAAGGCCACACGAAGAACCACACGCCGGGAUCGGGAAGGGUGGAGGAUCCACGAGCCGCGAGGAAGGCGAUCUCUCGUCGUCGUCGGUCGCGGACAACGUCACGGGAACGGGACUCCCCCCCGGGAGGUGUGUCGUCGUCUCGUCUCGGGAUAAGCUCGGCGAACUAGGGCGGAUACGCGGGAUCCGUCAUCGCCUGAAAUAAUACAUCACGGGAAAAAUCACAAUCAAAGAGAGAGAAAGAGAGAGACAGCUAGAGAGAGAGAGAGAGAGAGAGAUCACGGACGGAUGCGUUGCCCGUCGCACAACGGUGAUGCCGUCGACGCGAAUCUCGCACGUGCUCCGCUGGCUUCCCUCGGACUUGAUCACGGCCUCCAAACGGACUGUCUCGUUCUAAUGGGCCGCGCCGAGCACGGAGCACGAGGGUGACGCGGCUGAGAGUUAGACUGGCGAGGCAGCAGGAGGUGAUACACCUUCCCCGUUGAUAUCAGCCGUGUCGCCUGGGGGGACGUUUCCAGGGAUACUGGAGCAAAAAUAACACACUCCGCUACGCUGGGAACGCACAGAGUCACUCGUGUUCUUGAGAGGAAGUCGUAGUCUUACCUAGUUAUGGAGGAUAGCAUGAGUGUAAAGUCCAUGGAAUCAGUGGCGACAAGCGAUGAAUAUGAAUUUGUGAAUGAGAAAGGUACUAGCAAGCAGCAGCCAGCCCUCUUAGAACCACCCAUGCUAAAAAUCGCUAAUAACGGCAAUUUGGAGGAUCUGCAAAAUAAUCUCCGUGAGAUUUUGACAGAGGACUCGAAAAUGGAGGGAAGUGAGUUCAAAGUGACGAGUGCCAGCCAACCGAACCAAGAGAAGACGAAGAAGGUGGGCCACAGUCAAUUUUACGACGUUAGCUCUUGCGUUGUCUCGUCGGAGAAGCAGGAUAUUAUGAAGCCCGAAGAUUAUCUUGAGGAGGAGUUAAACACAUUGUCGCACGUUCAACAAGAAUGCACUAUUUUCAACGGUGUUACGUAUCUCGGAGCAGCUGCCAUAAAUGCGCCAAAAUCAGAAUGUGAAAUCCAACGUAACAUGAAUAUAUUAAAUGCCGAGCAGUCCUUGACUUUAGGAAUAAGGGUUUCUGUCUCUGUGCCGAGUAGUUCGCAAGGUUCAGUUAUUUUAUAUGAUGCUGCAACACAACAAGCCAUCGCCCGUUAUGAAGUCCAGCGUAUUCUAUUUUAUGCACGUGGUGAGAGUACUGGUUCAUGCGCAGCGUGUUUUGCUUUUACAUGGUCACACGGUGAUACUUUAGAAUCUGCCAUUUAUCAAUGUCACGUUUUCCGCUGCGAUAUACCAGAAGCGGUCGGACAAGUGUCAGCCUGCUUUUCAAAAGCGUUUCACAGAAUACCACGGUCAAUGACAAGCUCUUUGACGGGCAGUGACUUCAACGGUUUCAAUGCUGGCGAAAAAGUUAACUCUAGAGUAUUUAUCUUUGAAGUCACUAUGGAAAUAAAGGAGGAAGAUGGGAAAGGUAGUUUUAGUACGGUACCCAAGGAUAGAAAUUGUUUCAAAUUGCGGAGCAAUGUGGCGAAACAAGUUUGUUUGAGUAUCCAGCAAGUGUCCAGUAAAGAAGGUGGCAUUACGCUUGAAGUCGAGAGAUGCUUCGGAGUACUCGUUAGCCCCGGGCGAAAUGUUAAGCACAGUGAUAUGCGACUACUCGAGAUGGUAAAGAGAGAUUCACACCAGCAAGUUAAUUUUAUGUCUAUAAUCAGCUCAGAUGUUCGCAAUAUUACAACAAUUUUGCAGCAAGUUAAUACUGGACCAAUAUUGCAAGACAAACAGUGCUAUAAUAUUUGCGGACGUUGGGAUCCCGCGGAUCCCGCUUUGGAGACUCUUAAUAUAGAAACUCCCAGAGAGGGCAAAACUUUCAUGACUGUUGCCGUCGAUCUUGUUAUUAGAGAUAUUCGGGAACCAGUGAGAUUUGUGAUAGAAACCUCGGUUAAAGUAUUCCCGCAAAAUGAAAGAUUUUGGUAUUUUAAUAAAAGAAAUCUCGUGCAACAGUUUUAUCUCAAUUCCAAAGAGAUAAUUUCCGGGGAUGCAGAGGUACAUCACGAAGUACAAAGCAUAGAAACAUCGGGUGAAUUAGAUAGAAACAGAUUAAAUCUGGCUCUGAAUCUGGCAUCUUUAAUUAGAUCGCCCUCUUUAACUAGCAUCGACACACUUACACCUAAAGAAGAAAUAGAUUCAGACGGGGAUGAGCCCAUGUUGAGUGGUACAGGCGAAGUGUCGAAGGAUUGCUCGGCAGACGAAUUGGCUAGCUGGGCUGAAGUUUUAGACAGUUGGCAAGUUAACGAGCAACGUCCAAAGCUUCUUAUAAAACUGACAAAACAAGGAAUUCCCGAAGCUCUACGCGGCGAAGUUUGGCAACGUCUGAGUAACUGCGACAAUUCACAAGAGAUGAUGGACAAAUAUAGAAUGUUAAUUACGAAAGAGAGCAGCUGCGAGAGCGUAAUUUUAAGGGAUAUUAAUAGAACAUUUCCAGCCCACGAUUUCUUUAAAGAAACAGGCGGUUUAGGGCAAGACUCUUUAUACAGAAUAAGUAAAGCAUACGCUGUUCACGAUGAAGAGGUUGGAUAUUGUCAGGGCCUCAGUUUUUUAGUUGCUAGUCUGUUACUGCACAUGCCCGAGGAGCAAGCAUUCUGUGUUCUGGUCAAAUUAAUGUACGAUUAUGGUCUUCGACAUUUAUACAAGGAUAGAUUUGACAACCUUUACAUGCGAUUUUAUCAACUAAAUCGUUUGAUAGAAGAUCAAUUGCCGGAACUCUAUAAGCAUUUCUGUGAUCGCGGUGUAGAAACGCACAUGUUCGCCGCACAAUGGUUUCUAACUCUAUUUACUGCUAGAUUUCCAUUAUAUCUUGUCUUUCAUAUCUUGGACGUAUUUCUUUUACAAGGACUCGACACGUUAUUCCAAGUCGCCCUCGCUUUGUUGAUGCUUUGUAAAAAAGAGUUAUUACAACUAGACUUUGAGAGCAUAUUAAAGUACUUCCGGGUGCACUUACCAAAACGUUGCCGAAACGAAGAAGUUGCGCGCUACGUCAUGAAGUUAGCUUGUUCAGUGACGUUGAAGAAACUGAAGAAGUAUGAAGCAGAAUUUAUGACGUUGAAAGAGGCGCAGGAAAAUGCUGAUGAAUACAGCAACGAGGUCGAGCAACUGCGCGGGACAGUGGCCAGAAAUGAAGAAGAAAAGCAAAGAUUGGAGGCAGAACUCCUGCAGAUUAAGGAGAUGCUGCAGCGCGAGGUAGCUCGGGCGGACGCUGAGAGCCGCAGAAGCAAUGUCAUUAUAGCCGAAUACAAGCAGAUCUGUCAGCGUUUGGAGGACGAUUACAACGCUGCGAAAACAACGUUGAGCGAGUUACGGGCGAAGGUUUCGAAAUGCGAGAAAUGUAGGACGUGCAUAAUGGACUCGUCGAACAUACUGGCGGACAUCGCGCAUCCUUUGGAGAACCGAAUAGAUCCCAUGCUUCACAGGGUGCAGGAGAGGGUGCGCGAGCUGGAGCUGGAGUUAGCGCAGACGAAGUUGGCGCACGUCGAGGCCGAGUGCCGGAAUCAGGAUCUGACGCAUCAGUUGCACGCCACCGCAUCUGAGCUGCAAGCCGCGCGGAACAGUUGGCCGUGGCUCAGCAAAACCUUGUCCAGUAUAAAGGAAGCGGCGAACAAGAGGGAAGCGAUGGCACCGACCCCGCUGAGAGAUCUGAGGCGCGACAGCGCGCCUGGAGGUGAUCUGCACCAUCUAAUACAUUCUCGUAGCCGUGAAACACGCGACAGUCUCAAGGAAGUUGUGUGAUGCAACAAAAUGCCAUUAGGAGGAGGAAAAUACGUACAUCUCGGAGUCAUGUAAUCACAUCGACGGACAUAUGUGAACAUGAUGUAUGUUCGUAAUUACUUGUAAUGUACGACUUGAUCUGUUAACUCGAUGUAUUCUUUGUCACGUUCCCCAACCAUAUCGCACAUCAAAGUGCUUUUGAUCAAACAGCUCCUUUUACAAAACAGCUGAUAUUACAUUGAAAUUUUUUGUUAAGAUCUUGUUAUGUUUUGAAAAUAGAUUCGUUUCUGUGAUUUUUUUUUCUUUUUCUUUCUGACAUUACGAGUAUAAACGCUUAUAUUAACAUUAUUUUUUACGUUUAUUCCUUUUUCUUCCUUUCAUUCGACGUAUAUAAAUAUAUAUAUGUAAACGCAAUGCUCGACGUAAAAAUUUACACAACGCCACGCGGUUAUGAACAAUCCACCGAAGAGGAAUCACGUUACGUAAAUACGACAGAUUAUUUACAAUAAUAGGAAAUAAAAGUACACAUGCCGCGUUUUGUAUGAAACUAGUCUAAGUGUGAAAGGGAGAAAAUAGAGAUUUCUAUGUACAUACAGUAACUUUCGAGUAACAGUAGUCAUGACAAUUCUACUGGACAAAUGCGUGAUUACGAAAAUCAGAAUUUACAUUGUAACGAGGAGGUAAUUGUUUUGUUUACUUUUCUAUUAACUGAUUUUUUUUUUUCGUGAUAUGAUUUUUAUCUGGAUUAACGUAACAUUCCAAAAUAGUGUGAACGCGUUUUUUCUUCCAUGUAUCUUUAUUAUUAAGUCCACUAUUCUGCAAUGAUUUCAACUCUCAACUGGCGUAAUUGAUAAUUACAUACGUAUAGUUUUGACGAUUCUACUGACACAAUAUAUUCCGAUAAUUCUACUAACCCACAUAUAGCGUUAGAUUUGAUAUUAACAACUUUCACUAUUUUAGUUUUAUAUUAUACUUUUGUCACCGAUAAACACGCGACACGUAUAUAAUAUUUUAAUAUUUCCCACAUUUCAUCAUGGGAUAAUUAAUCAUAAAAAUGUAGCAGAAUAGAUACACGUGUAAAUUACACAGUAGUUGCGAGAUAUUUAUAAUCUUGUUUAGUUACGCAAUUUGCACUUUGUUUUGAUAAAAUUUGUAGCAAGAACGAACGUUACUAAAAACCAUAGAUUAUGGUGUUAAGGCACUACUUAAAAAUGCAAUUCCAUUGAUGUGUAAUUUUGUCUAGUAUUAUAAGUGUUUCAACAAUAAAUUUGCUAUACACUUGUAGUACAUUCUUGACUAUCAAACUUGGCUUUGCAAGUCGUGCCAUUUAUAUAUAAGUAUGAUAUAUUUAUUUAUACGGAUUUACAAGGAAGAAUUAAAAGAUUACAACUUUAUGCGAAAAAUAUUAAAACUGCAUUUAUAUAAAGUUAUAAGCAUACUUGUGUACUAUUAAGUUAUUGUUAACAACGAAAUUUAUUGAAAUUGAUGCAUAUUUUUUUAUUGUAUUUAACUUUUUUUUUAUUAAAUUCAAUUUAUUGAAAUUAUUAAUGAGUAAUACGUACACGAUUUCGAGCAAAGUUUAUGGUCACGUUUGACUUAUACUCUAGCGAAUAACCGCUUGUAUCGAAAAAUGGAAGACUUUAUUUCUGUAAAUACUAAAACAAUGACAACAGUCGAAAUCGUCUAACAGAAUCAUGUAAAGUCUUAGGCUAACUACGUACGAACCAUUGUAUACCCUGUAAUUUCAUUCCACUGAAAUAAAGAAAAGAUAUCACGUUUCCAUGUAAAAUAUUUAAUAUUAAGAAGCUCGGUAAACUUUUAUGCCAUAUAAUGUGUACAUGUUUAUCUGUAUUAGGAUAAAAAUAUAUUGAGAACAUUACAUCUGUUCAAA